AGCCUGGCUCAGAUUUGUUGCUCCUCGGCAGCAGUGAUGUGACGGAAUGUAAAUUGAUAAACACUGACUCGCAGAAAGAAAGGGCAUGCCUUGGUUUGGUGGAGGUACCCGAUAGCUCAGUUCCGCAGAGAGGGAAGGACAGAUAAAGCGGCAGCGGUGGCUCCAGGACUGACCUGUGCAUUGACUAAAGCAUCACCACCCGGCAUGGGGACUAAGCCACAAAGACGUGGGCACGCAGCUAGCCGCUGGUAACGUCACUGCAGUUCAGAAGUUCAGAGGAGAGCGCAUCGGGAGUUCACACCCUUCUUUGCAGGAGGGGAGAGUGGGAAGGGCGAGCGGGGAGCGGCGCGUGAACAAAAGCAGUGUGGACCCAGAAGUGAAAUCUGAUCGCGCGCCAGGAAAAACCCCAGAGGAAAGAUCGACCUUGAGCGGCCGAGUCAGGGCGAAGCCAUGGUGGGCUGCUGAGCGGGAGGCGGGCGCGGGGCGGCGGCGAGAGGAAGCGCUCCCAUGGAGAACUCCGUGCCCCCCUGCGUCCUCUACCCAGGGGACGACCACGGCCGCGGAGCUGAGCCCGGGGAUGCCUUUGCGCAUGGAGCGUGCGGCCAGGCCGGGGACCGGAGCGGCGCUCCCGAGGCUCCGGGAGAGGGCAGCCUGCAGCUGCCGGACGCGGCCGGGGGGGAGGGCGCCGCGUCCCCGGCGCAGACACCCUGCAGUCUCAGCGCGUCCCUGUGCUUCAGCUCCGGGGACGAGUCCCCGCCGCAGUCUCGCGCCUCAGCGGCGGAGGGCGUAGCGGCCUCCCCGCCCUCGUGUCGCAGCGGCCAGCGGGUGGUGGAGAGGCAGUGGGAGGUCAGCAGCGCGGGUGCCGGGUCCCCCGCGGAGUGCGCGUCCCCCGAAGAGCCCGUGUCCCCCGAGGAGCCCGCAUCCCCGGAAGAGUCUGUCUCCCUGGAAGAGCCCGAAGAGCCCGUAUCCCCCGAGGAGCGCGCGUCCCUGGAAGAGCCCGCGUUCCCCGAGGAGCGCGCAUCACCGGAGGAGCCCGGCGACCCCGCGCCUGUCCCUCCCGGCGUAGGGCCCGAGCACGGGGAGCCCGACCUGGUCAUCGAAGUGUCGGGGCGCCGGCUGCGGGCGCACAAGGCAGUGCUGGCGGCGCGCAGCGACUACUUCCGCGCGCGCGCGUCGCGGGACGUGCUGCGGGUGCAGGGCGUGGGCUGGGCGGCGCUGCGGCUGCUGCUGGCCUACGCGUACAGCGGGCGCAUGGCGGGCGUGCGGCCCGACAACGUGGCCGAGGUGGUGGCCGGCGCGCGCCGCCUGCAGCUGCCCUGCGCCGCGCAGCGCGCCACCGACGCCGUGGCGCCGCAGCUGAGCCUGGCCAACUGCUACGAGGUGUUGAGCGCGGCCAAGCGGCAGCGGCUGGCCGAGCUGCGCGAGGCCGCCUACCGCUUCAUGAGCGACCACUACCUGGAGGUGCUGCGCGAGCCCGCCGUCUUCGGGCGCCUGUCGGGGUCCGAGCGCGACCUGCUGCUGCGCCGCCGCCUGCGCGCCGGCCGGGCCCGCCUGCUGGCCGCCGCGCUCGGGCCGGCCGGGGAGCGCGCGGGCAGCCGCCCGCAGAGCCCGUCGGGGGACGCGGAGGCCCGCGGCGAGGCCGCCGUCUACUGCCUCCAGGAGGCGGCCGGCGAGUGGCGCGAGCUGACGCGGCUGCCCGAGGGCGCGCCGGCGCGGGGCUGCGGCCUGUGCGUGCUCUACAACUAUCUCUUCGUGGCGGGCGGCGUGGGGCCCGCGGGGCCCGACGGCCGCGCGCGCCCGUCCGACCAGGUCUUCUGCUACAACCCGGCCACCGACAGCUGGAGCGCCGUGCGGCCGCUGCGCCAGGCGCGCUCGCAGCUGCAGCUGCUGGCCCUGGACGGCCACCUGUACGCCGUGGGCGGCGAGUGCCUGCUCAGCGUGGAGCGCUACGACCCGCGCGCCGACCGCUGGGCCUCCGUGGCCCCGCUGCCCCGGGGUGCCUUCGCCGUAGCGCACGAGGCCACCACCUGCAACGGCGAGAUCUACGUGUCCGGGGGCUCGCUCUUCUACCGCCUGCUCAAGUACGACCCGCGGCGCGACGAGUGGCAGGAGUGCCCGUGCAGCAGCAGCCGCGAGCGCUCGGCCGACAUGGUGGCCCUGGACGGCUUCAUCUACCGCUUCGACCUCUGUGGGGCCCGCGGCGACGCGCAGGCGGCGGCCGGGUCCGGAGGGGUCAGCGUGCUCCGCUACCACUGCCUGGCCAAGCAGUGGAGCCGCUGCGCCUCGCACCUGAGGCCCCCGGGCGCGCCGUCGGGCCUACAGCCCUUCCGCUGCGCGGCCCUGGACGGCACCAUUUACUGCGUGGGCCGCGCUGGCACCUGGCGCUUCGUGCCGCCCCAGGAUGGCGAGCCCGGCGGGGACGCAGACGCCGGCGGCAGCUUCGAGCCCGAGUCCCUCCGAACCCCCUGGGAUGCCCGGGGCGUGCUCUUCCCCUUCGUCCUCAACUUGCCUGAGGAGAAGCCCGACAGAGGCGAGGAGGGCGCCGUCUAGGGCGGGCCAGGGUCGCCUGGGCGUCUCCUCGGGCAGCCCUGGGACGAGGAGCGCUCCGUGGGCUGAGGUCCCAGCUGGGAAGGGGGCGAAGGGAGCGGAGGAGGGGAGGGAGAGAGUUGUGGGUGGGCCGCUGGCCACCGGGAUCCGUUAAAUGCUUUGAGGUUGGAAGCUUGUCGUGGGCCUUGAAGACUUUCUGCAAUGCUGUUUUAAGGUCUGCUUCCCUAUUCUGCAUUCCUUUUUGCUUCGCUUUGCUUAAUGGGGUCGAUGGUGUAAGAUGUAGGAUAUGUGCAAAUAGAUAACUUUGCAGAUAAGAUACAGGAUACCCGAGGGAGUAGGGCAAUGGAAUCAAAAGAUUAAGCUUCAAGGUACAGUGGGUGGGUCCCAGAGUGAACCCAGGGGGUACCCAAGAUGUAUUCAGGAUGUACCUAGGGUUUACUGGGGUGUGCUCAGGGCGUGCUAGGGUGCACUCACGCUCCGGUGUGGAGUGGAGUGGCGAAGAGCCCAGACUUGAGCUCUGGCAGAACCGCAGCAUACUGUGUGAUGAGAAGGUGCCGCGGGCACCUCGGGCUGCUGCGCCAGAGUCGAGACCCUAAAGUAGGCCAACUCGAACUGUAUUAGUGGAACCACUGAAAGAAGGUCAUAGUUUUUUGGCUUGAGGUUUAGAAUUAUAACUAAUAAGUUAAGCUCUUAAAACCUUUCUAACUCAGUUUAAAAGUUCAUGCCACCACGUUUUCAAGUUUGGUUGGCUCAAUUCCAAAUUCAAUAAGCAUUAAAGGCAAAAUCUUUGAUUACCAAUAUGAUGUCCCGUCCAGUACACAUUGGAAGUAUUUCCUCUACUGUGCCAUAGAUACCAUGAAUGGGGUCUCACACAC